AUGUCAUCUCAGAGGCCCAAACUGUCUCUGAAAACUUCCGAUCUGGCGCCCACAUAUGUCGCCUCGACGACGGGGAGAAACGACGCCAACGCUCACACUACUGCCACCCCGACAACUUUAAAUACAUUCAAUAACACUUUCGACCUAACGUACAGACCGUCCCCGGUGUCAACCAUCCCAUCACCAGGACCGAGUCUGUUGAGAAGAUCAACCAAUCUCCAACCAUCAUCACCUUAUGCUUUAAAUUUACCGUUUGGAGUAUACCCCAUAUUGAAAAAUAGUCCUUUACUUCCGGAUCUCCGGCGGUCGUCGCUGGCCACGGCAAGCGCAAGCCCUCGCACCAAUGGUCGAAGGAUGUUUUUCCCAGCACCAAAACGGGUAUCAUUCAAACCAGUCCUGGAGGAGGAGAUUGUGACCAAGGAGUAUGUCGCCCGUCAUGCUGAUUUAACCUCCUCUUCAGAUGAAGACACAGCGUCAUCAGAAUCAGAGGAAUCUUUACAGCGACUCGACAAUCCCGGAGACGAAGGCAAACACCGUUUCAUCCGGGUCGACGAACUAUCCUCUCCGGGACGAAAUAAACGAAAAACUCGAGCCACGUCCAACGCCGGUGUUGGUACAGAAGGUCGCGGUCGGCACGAGCGAUCGAGGAGUACAUCGGAAAGAAGGACGAAAAGGAAAACGAGGAAAUGGGAGUGGACCAUACCGGGCUCGCUCACGAAAUCUGCUGAUGAUUCCCCAGGAAUCAAGGACGGCAGCCAUCAGAAACCUGAGGGUGCACAAACCGGGGAGGACAGCUGA